AUGACUGGAACUUGUGCUGCUGUUUUGACCGAGAUUAAACAUUCUGAUCGUGUCAUCAUGAUGGGGUCCACCGCAGGGUUAUUGGGCAUGAUCUUAGUUACGACAAGAUGGAGGCGUUUGGUGGGUUUUGCCAAUAGUCACAACGGUGGUGGGUGUUGCAGUAGGUUUUACCAACGGUGGUUAGUGACGGAGUUGUGGUGGCAGCUUCACUACCUUUGUUUCCUUUCUUUUCAGAAGAGCUCAACGAGAGAGGGGGCUGGGAGGAGCAAGGUUAUGGUCCGGAGGUAUUUGGGAAGGGUGUUUGCUGGUGGUGGGUCACGACAUGGGGAGGUGGAGGAGGUGUUCGAAAAAUUAAGUGGGUUAAGAUGGUGGUGGUUGUUUCCUCCGAUCAGUAGCAAGAAGGGGGAAGAACAUCGUGGUGUAGGGUGGUGCCUGGCAGCUUGUUUGACAGAAACAGUAAGGAAUAGUGGUGGGGCUCAACCAAGACAGACGAGGAUGGUUUUCGGUGGGGUUGUGGUGGUCUAUGGCGGCAGUCGUGGUGGUGAGCAGCCUAUACCGGUGUUACAAUCACCGGUGCUUUCUUUCUUCAAAUGGUGA